AUGAAUCCAACACAAGGAAAGCCAGCUGCUGGUGGAAGACCACUCCCACCACCAGGCCCAGCAGGAUUUAAAACAGCUGUUGCUCCUACUUCUGUUGGAAUCGUAAAGUCACCUUCAUUCCCUCCACCAAACGGUGUGUCAUUGGUAGAGAACACAAAUCAACCGGCGAUGGUAUCGCCAAAUGGUUCAAAGCCACAGCCACCAAUACCAAGACCAAGAGUACAGUCGCCUGACUCUGGUUCGACAAAUGGCGAUUCUACAGCACCUCCCAGAACAUCACCAUUCGAGGUUAAACUCAAACCAAGUGCGAAUUCAAUGUUCAAGCCAGCGCCAUCAUCCACUACUCCCUCUCCAGCGGGUGCACCACAGUCCACAGGCAGUCCAAAGCCAAUGGCGAUCAAUAGAUUUGGUGGUCCUCUUGGAGCUGGUGCGCCACAGGCUCAACCACAACAGCCACAGUUGCAGCAACAACAGACACAGAUUCAGCAGCAACAACCAAGUGACUCACAACCCAAGCCCCCACCAAGGACCUUUAUGAAGAAGGUUCCAGCACAACCAAUACAGGGCGCGACAACACCAGGUGCAGCUGCACCAGUACCAACCACACAGCCACAACAGCAACAGUCUCAGCCACAGCCACAGCAACAGCCACAGUCACAGUCACAGCCACAGCCACAGCAACAGCCACAAUCUCAACCACAGCAACAGACACAACCAAUGAGCAAGCCUGCACCUAGACCAUUCGCGGCAAAGCCAACAACAAACCCAUUGGUUAAGCCAUCUGCGGUCAAACCAGCUCCUACAACCUCACCUAUUCUUAAACCAGUCGCAUCUUCUUCCAAUACAAGCCCGCCAUUUAGGCCGGCCGUCGUACCAUCCACAACAUCUCCAACAUUGACUGGCCAACCGAGUAGGCCACCACCAUCUGUGCCACCACCCACACGAACACAGCAAGAUACCUUUGCUCCUUUGUCACCAGACUCCAUCUCGCAACUUGAUGAUGGCUCGGUCGAAGAUGAGUCGAUAUCAAACGAAUUGAACUCGAUCAUUAACGACGCGGCCAAGAUCUCAUCACCUGCGACUGUCGCACCCGCCAGCAUCAACAACAGCAACAGCAAUAGCAAUAGCAACCUAGCACAGGGUCGCGAGGAAUCAUUGUCACCACCUCCAACAUCAACAGCAGGAUCGUCCGCGGCCAACACAACCGCCUUCAAAAAGGUCACAAAGAAGGAAUGGCGUCCCGUGACGCCCUCAAAGUUAGUCGGCCCAGUGGAGCCAGCAGUCGCGUCUCAGUCAUCAGACCUCUCGCGACAGAUCACCCAGCGCCUGGAGAAGUCGCAAAAGGCUGAGCUGGAGCGCGUGCGUGUCCUCACCACCAACAACAGGAUCGGUGAUGGACUCAAUCUGAGCUACCAGCGCGGAGACAUCAUCGAGGUGGUGGACAAGGGCGAGAAGAACAUGUACAACGGACACAACGGAUUGAUGACUGGCGCGUUCAAUAUUGGUAACACUAAGACGAUGUCGCCACUGAGCAUCCAGCCACCUGCCGGCACCGAGUACGCUGUGUGCAUCCGCGAUUACAGAGCAACACGUGAUCUCUCCAGCAGCAGCAAGGCUCUCAUUCUGAUGCGUGGCGAUGUGCUGGCCAUCCUGGAGAAGCAUGGCUCGGGCGACAGUACGACAUGUCGCGGCCGCAUGAGAAAUGGCCUGGAUGGCUGGAGCGACAUUGGCGAGUUCCCGUCUAGCUGCGUCCGCGUGGUAACACAGCGCGAGUACCAAUUGCACAGCGACGUGCAGGACGUCACGACCGAGAUUUCUGAGCGUUCGGAGGAACCAUUCGACACGCUGGACGUCCCGGCCAAGGAGACCGAGAAGGUGCAACAGGCACUCAGGGAGCUGACUCGCUCACUGCGCGCCACUCAAGACCGCCUGAUAAGCGAGGGCGCCUCUGCAGACCACGUAGUCUACAGCGAGUUGCGUAGGGAGAUCGAGACGGUCAGUGCUAAGCUCUCUAACGAGUACUAUGUGUGCGAUGAGAGUGGCGAGAUCUUGACCGACGACAAUGUGUCACCACUUGUCCUGCUCAGGAAACACUAUGCUAGCGCCACCAGCGACAAGAAGAAGAAACAGACAACCACACAGGCCACCUCACUCACCGCGAAUGCCGCCGAGCAGUCAUCCGCCACACUCCUGGCGUCACAAAAGAAGUGGGAAUAUGGCCAACUUGUGGUCGACAUCAAGAUCCAGCGCAUGCUGCCAAUCAUUGGCAAGAAGACGGUCGAGUUGUACUUCUCCUUGUAUAACUUUGUCCAGGGCCGCCCCAUCUCGGAGCAGCUGGUUGUCAGCAUCAAUGAGGGCGUGAUCGCAACGCCAAUCUCCAAGAUCUUGUUCAAGGACGUCGAGCCAUCUGACAUCACCGAGGACAUCGUGUUGUUGUGCCGCGUUGUUCGUCGCGGCACCAUGAAGGAUGUGAGCGAGACCCAGCAGAUCAAGAAGGGCAGCGCCACAGACUUGCGCCGCGGCUAUGCACAGGGCAGCAUCAGUUUGCUUGCCCUCUUCAACGAUAAGAAUGUCGGCGUGUUUGAGCGCGAACAGUCCGUUCUGUUUUGGAUGUCAUCCAGCGACGUCCAGUUCCCCGCCCUCGGCGCAGACAUCUCAAAGGGCUGCAGCCCGGAGGAGCUUCACAAGCAGGGCAUCGAGCCCGCUCCUCCCAAGGGCGUGGGUGCCAAUGCCCAACUCCAGAUGCAGGUGUCGAUGGCCUUUUACGAUCAGAGCUUCAAGCGAGCAGUGGAGCUGUGGCCUGAGCUGGCGACGAUGCCACGCGUCGAGAAGUUUGAGCAUCGCAUUGUGAUCAACGAGCGCAAGCAUCAGCUAUACAUCACGCUGGACAGCGGCAAGCUGUCCCAAGGCAAGAAGAUCGAGAUUGCCGUGCGCGCUCGACUUAACACUGGCGAGCUUAUCCAGAACUGUUUGUCGAAUGGUACAGCCGGCACAUUUGUGUCCGAGUUCCGCUCGGUGGUGUGCUCGAGCACGUCACCCAUUUGGAGCGAGACGAUACACGUCGACAUCCCAGCCGAGAAGUUCACCAAUGCACACUUGUUGUUCAUCGUGCGUAACGCCUCAUCCAAGGCCAACAAGUCCUCGCCCAUCGCAUUUGGCUUUGUCCGACUGUCAGACGCCAACAAGAUCGCGCUGGCCAAUGGCGAUCACAACCUCAUCUUGUACAAAGCCUCCACCGACAUGAUCCCCGUGACCUACAUCCACGAGGACCUGCCCUGGACCACCACUGGCGAUCCCAAGGCUGCACACCACGACAAGUCGUCCAAGUUUUCGCUCAAGAAGAAUGAGUCCCUCAAGAUCAAGUCACUGUUCCACACGACACAGUUUGUCCAGCAUGCUGCCAUCGCACAGCUGAUCGACUGGAAGUCGCACGAGGACCACAUCCCGGCCAUCCUGGAGAAGUUCAGCUUUGUCGACCCCAUCUCAAUCAUGCGUAACCUCACCCCGGUGAUCGAUGCCCUGUUCAAGAUCUACGACUCCAACACAGCCGGUUCGCUCUUCAUCGUGGAGCCCGUCGCGCUGAUGGUCUACAACACUAUUGUCUUCAUCAUUGGAUUGUUGACAGAUGACCGCACCAACCGUUUCAAGUACUUCAAGCAGGUGCUGGACUCAUACAUCCAGACGCAGUUCUCUGGCGCGCUGGCACACAAGCACAUCCUCAACUGCCUGUCGUACCACAUGCAGGACAUCUCAAGCAAGGAGUCGGCCAAGAUCUCAUCGACUCUCAAGGCACUAGACUACAUGUUCCAGCUGAUCGUCAAGUCUCGUCUUGUCUACCUGCAGCAGCAGGGCGCACAGCAGGCCAACGACGAGCAAUGGCGUGCUGACAUUCUCGAGUUCCUGGGCAUGCUCAACAAGCUCAUGUCCAACUCGGCGCCACAGCUCAUCGUCGUGCAGACACUGGCACUGAUCAACUUUGCCACAAUGAUGAAGGGACUCAGCAACUUCUUCAACAAGAAGCAGCUGUGCGAGAUCCUCUGCCAGUUCAUCGAGUCUGUGUACUUUGGCGAGCGUUCAGACCAUCUCAACACGCACAAGCUCAGCAUCUUCCACCAGAUCCUCAGUGGCCCACUGCCUCUGGACCGCGAGACAAUCCCCAAUCUACUGCCCACACUCGUUGCCACGAUCGACAAGCAUGUCGCUUCUCCCAAGCCUGAGGAAGCGAAGCUUGCAACUCAGUUGCUGGCCCUGACUCUCGAGUCACUCGAGCAGCUCGAUCAGGCCGACAAGCAGAAGUGCAUAACAAGCAUCCUCAAGAUGUUGCCCAAGCUUCUGUUGAUUGGCGAGACCAUCACCAACGACUUUGUGGCAUCGGCCGUGUGCGCCGCCCUUGAGAGCCGCAAGAGUAUCACACAGUCGGCACGCGAGAUGCCCACAUUGCCCACAAUGAGCGUGGACCACACCUACAUGAUCACAUGUCUGCUCACGCUGUUUGAUUACAUGCUCAAGUUCAACAUUGCCAACCUGCACCUGGUGGACAAGAGCGCAGAGGUGACCCGCACAACCCUCAGACGCACACUCAAGAUCCUGGACGGACUGAUGUCGCGCCAGGCCUAUCCCACGCACUGGUUGGCCAUGAUGCUGUUCCAUCUGCGUGUGUCCCAUCGUCUGCAACAGGACGUGCUGACGCCGCUCAUCUACAGAUAUGCGCCACUACAACCCCAAAUGUCCGACACUGAACUCUGGAACACGUUCCUGGUGCUUCAGUUCAACACAUUGCGCUCGCCAUUGGUUCGCUCGAGCGAUCAUCGCAUCCAUCGUCUACACUUCAUCAUGUCUUCCAUCGUCGAUAUGCGCAGGAGCGUCAUCCAAUCCGUGCGACACAACUGGGCCACAAUGGCCUCCUUCCAGAUACACUUUGUUCACUUCAUGGUGCCACUCAUCUUCCAGCUCUUAUUGAACCUAAGUUACGAGGUAGACGAACUGGCACAGGACCUGUUCACAUCGAUCAUGCAAUUGGACUACGAGGACAAGAAGUCUGUGCAUCGUGUCGAGACAAAGACAAUCGAGGUGAUCGAUCGCCUGGUCAUCAGAGACGCAUCGUGCGAUGAACAGAUAUUCCGAACAUUCCUUGGCGUACGACUCGAGUCAUACUUUAGCAAUGGCGACGUGUCCCUCUCGGCUGAGUUCCGCCACUCUGCCAAGAGCUUCAUUAGCAACAUGCUGCAUCUGCUCGGUCUGAUGUUCGACUUUAGGACGCUGCCACUGGACCGCUCGUUCGAGGAGGAGCGAACCAUUGCCACACUCAAGAUGAUGGAGUACUUCAAGGACCGCAAGGACACCUACAUCAAGUACCUGCACGAGCUGCUCAAUCAACACAUCAACAGCGGCUACUUCACCGAGGCAGGACACGCUUUCAUGCUUCAUUCGGACCUGUAUCAAUGGGGCGAGACGACGCUGCCGUCAUUCACAUUCAACACGCCAGACCAGCCCAACGCCAUUGUCUUCCCCGAGGAGACGACCACCGAGCGCAAGGUGCGUCUGAUCCGCCUGGCCGUCACCUACCUGGACAAGGGCCAAGCUUGGGAGAUCUGUGUCACGCUGAUCCAGGACCUCAAGAAGCAGUAUGAAGCGGCGCACAACCUUGUCGCACUCUCUGACGUGCUGUUCCAGGAGGCCGACUUCUACGACAAGAUCCUAAACACGGAGCGUUUCUUCUCGGAGUACUUCCGUGUGGGCUACUACGGCAAGAAGUUCCCGCCCACGAUCCAGAGCAAGGAGUACCUGUAUAAGGGCUUUGAGUUGGAGCGUCUGUCAGAGUUCACUGCGCGUAUCAUGGCCAAGUUCCCCAACGCCGAGCUUCUCAAGACGACAGAGCCCACGGCCGACGUGAUGAACUCGGACGGCCAGUACCUGCUGGUGACGAUCGUCAACCCAUCGUCGCGCGAGGAGCUUGAGAAGAAGCCAAUGCGCGAGUUCAUCCAGGGCACACCGGCCAACUCACGCAAUUACCUCAAGCGCAACAACGUCAACGUGUUCCUCUACUCCAAGCCUUUCAAGAAGACGACAGCCAAGAGCGGCAACGAGUUUGCCGACCUCUGGGUACGCAAUCACUUCCUGUUCACCGACGCCACGUUCCCCACGAUCCAUCGUCGUGCCGAGGUGAUUCGCAAGGAGCACAUCGAGCUGGCGCCCGUCGAAGUGGCGCUCAACUCGGUCAACCAGAAAUGCGAGGAUCUCGAGGAGAUGGUGACCAAGUACGAGAACAACUCCCAACUCAAUCUCAAUCCACUGGCCAUGGCGCUCAAUGGAGUGAUCGAUGCCGCUGUCAACGGUGGUAUCAACAUGUACAAAGAAGCAUUCCUCUCGUCCAAUAUUCAAGCUAGCGUCGAUCGCGUCUGUGCCGGCAAACUAGCAUGUGCACUCAAGCGACAAGUAGACAUCCUAAGUCGUGGACUUCAAAUCCAUUCCAUUCGUUGUCCAGAGGAGUUAAGAGGUCUACAUGAGAAGUUAGAGAGCUUCUUCCCCAAGUUGAAGGCAGAUGUGAUGUCACUGUAG